AAAUCCCCCAAAUAAGUACACACCAGAGGCCCCAUUUUGUCCUGCCAAAGCAUAUAAACACUGUUAUCCCCUUCUUCUCGCCCAAUUUCUUUCAAAUCCCAAAUUCUCACUCUCUUUUCUCUCCCAAAAACUUCAAUUUGAGUAUUUAUUCACUCUUAUCCAUGGCUUCAAUUUCAGCAACAACUGCCACCGCCACCACUUGUUCAACUAAACUCAUAAACCCUUCAACUAACAAUACCCUUAAACCCUCCAAACUUAUCCUAUCCUCUUCUUUUACCCCAAAUUUCUCAACCCUUUUCCUCCACUCACCCACCACCCCCACUUCUCCCACCACCCACCACCAACAACGCCGCUUCACUCUCCGUGCAGCACGUGGCAAAUUCGAAAGAAAAAAACCCCACGUCAACAUUGGUACUAUUGGCCACGUCGACCAUGGUAAAACCACACUUACUGCAGCUUUAACCAUGGCGCUUGCCUCUUUAGGUAACUCCGCCCCAAAAAAAUACGAUGAAAUUGAUGCUGCCCCAGAAGAACGUGCCCGUGGUAUUACAAUAAACACUGCUACAGUUGAAUAUGAAACCGAAAAUCGACAUUAUGCACACGUGGACUGCCCUGGUCAUGCUGAUUAUGUUAAGAAUAUGAUUACUGGUGCUGCCCAAAUGGAUGGUGCUAUACUUGUUUGUUCAGGUGCUGAUGGACCAAUGCCACAGACAAAAGAACAUAUUUUGCUUGCUAAACAAGUUGGUGUUCCUAAUAUGGUUGUGUUCUUGAAUAAACAAGAUCAGGUUGAUGAUGAAGAGUUACUUCAACUUGUUGAAUUGGAGGUAAGAGAGCUUUUGUCUAGUUAUGAGUUUCCUGGUGAUGAUAUUCCUAUUGUGUCGGGUUCUGCUUUAUUGGCUUUAGAAGCGUUGAUGGCGAAUCCUAGUAUUAAAAGAGGUGAAAAUCAGUGGGUUGAUAAGAUUUAUGAGUUAAUGGAUAAUGUUGAUAGUUAUAUCCCUAUUCCACAAAGACAAACUGAGUUGCCUUUUUUAAUGGCUAUUGAAGAUGUGUUUUCGAUUACUGGUAGAGGUACGGUUGCGACAGGGAGGGUAGAGAGAGGGACUGUUAGGAUCGGAGAUACGGUUGAUAUUGUAGGAUUGAGGGAUACUAGGAGUACUACUGUUACCGGGGUUGAGAUGUUUCAGAAGAUUUUGGAUGAAGCAAUGGCUGGUGAUAAUGUGGGGUUAUUGUUGAGAGGUAUUCAGAAGAUUGAUAUUCAGAGAGGAAUGGUGUUGGCGAAACCUGGAAGUAUUACUCCUCACACAAAGUUUGAAGCUAUUGUGUAUGUGUUGAAGAAGGAAGAGGGUGGUAGGCAUUCCCCCUUUUUUUCGGGGUACAGGCCUCAGUUUUACAUGAGGACUACUGAUGUGACUGGGAAAGUUACUUCGAUAACGACUGACAAAGGAGAGGAAUCUAAGAUGGUUAUGCCUGGUGAUCGUGUGAACUUGGUGGUUGAGCUUAUUAUGCCGGUGGCUUGUGAGCAAGGGAUGAGAUUUGCUAUUAGGGAAGGAGGAAAGACUGUUGGAGCUGGUGUUAUUCAGAAAAUUAUUGAGUGAUCAACGAGCAGCUGCACGUUUCCCUUCAAAUGGUCCGGCCCUUGUCAUGCAAUAUUCUUAAUCCGUUGUCAUAUAUGAAAGUUUUUGGUUACUUCUUUUCUUUUAGAAUCAUAGUUUAGUUGGAGAAAUCUUGUUAUAAGUCAAUGAUAGUGGACCUUUGAGAGUUUGCUUCAGUUUUGCUGCUUUAUGUUUCAUUUGUUUGAAAGGAACGAUACCAUUUGUCUCUUGU